GUGAUGGUGUAAAACCAACGUAAUGUUAUGUUACGAAAAGCAGAAGGGUUAUAGGUGGAUACACAUAUAACCUGAGUAGUUAUUAAUAAUGUAGGGACCGUCUCUCGGGCGCUUGUGACAUCCACCCGGCCAGUCUCCCAGGGUUGGUGAAGUCAGGUGGGGCCAGAAUUCGGUACCCUCGGGCGUCUGUGAACUUUUCCAGGUGGUACAGUGAGUUAUAUCCAUCAAGGAGUCCUCCAAUUUUCGGCUUUGUGGGCACCAUCAAGGGCGGGAAUCAAAUGUGUGAAUAAUUUUGAAUUUUGAAUCCUCGGGUAUGGUUGGCGGGAAAGUUUUUACAGGAAAUCUGGUACGCCGACGCCUAGUUGUCGCGUCGUUUCCUCUUCCUGGAUCGGCAGGAGUGGGCCACCCGGCUGUGGAGGCCAUGAUGGUCACCGCCCGGAAGGAUGCAAGGCGCCCGAGAAAAUGAAGGAGAAGCUGGUCGAACAGGCCGAAGCCUACCAGGGUCUCUUUGCCAAGCACGAGGGCUUGCUAAAGUCUGCCAAGGAGUCGAAUGAGCAGGCUAAGUGGAAGAUCGCUGAGUUGGCAGAGAAGGCCGGGCAGACGGGCCAGCUGGAGGAGGAGAAUGCCCAGCUAAGGGCUGAGAUGGAGAGGGAGCGCUCUGACCGGGUUGUUCAUGCCGUUGCUUGGGCUGCGCAAACCAGAGAAGUUUGCUGCCCAGGCACUUCCUGACUGGGAGGUCGGCAUACGGUUCUUCGAAGUGUCCCAGCAACUUAUUGAUGACAUUGGUAUCUUUGGGUUUGGGACCGGUCAGUACCAAAAGCAUCGUGGGCUGUACGGGAUCUUGAGCAACUGGGU